CUCCAGCAAUAAAAUCCUCUCCGCAAAAUCAACCUCAAUUCAACCUUUUCCCAUCGUCACGCUUCUCUCUCUCUCUCUCUCUCUCUACAAGCAUAUACGUCCAAUCAGGCAAUCACAUAUAUUGUUGAUAGAUCUUCUUUCUUUCUUUCUCUACUUUCUGUCUCUCUCUACUCGAAGCGCUAGGGCUUGGUGAGAGAGAGAAAUGGGGCAACAGUCACUGAUCUACAGCUUUGUUGCACGGGGGACGGUGAUCCUCUCAGAGUUCACCGAAUUCACGGGGAAUUUCACCAGCAUAGCCUCACAGUGUCUUCAAAAACUUCCGGCGACAAACAAUAAGUUCACCUACAACUGCGAUGGCCACACCUUCAACUACCUCGUCGAAGACGGCUUCACCUAUUGUGUUGUUGCUGUUGAAUCUGCUGGUAGACAGGUUCCAAUGGCAUUUCUUGAGCGAAUUAAGGAGGAUUUCACCAAGAAAUAUAGUGGGGGAAAAGCUGCCACAGCUGUUGCUAAUAGUCUGAAUAGAGAGUUUGGGCCCAAACUGAAGGAGCAGAUGCAGUAUUGUGUGGAUCAUCCAGAGGAGAUCAGCAAGCUUGCAAAGGUGAAAGCUCAGGUUUCUGAAGUCAAAGGGGUGAUGAUGGAAAAUAUCGAAAAGGUGCUUGAUCGUGGAGAGAAGAUUGAGCUUCUGGUGGACAAAACAGAGAAUCUUAACUCUCAGGCACAAGAUUUCAGGACACAAGGAACCCAGAUGAGGAGAAAGAUGUGGUUGCAGAACAUGAAGAUAAAGCUGAUAGUUUUGGCUAUUAUUAUUGCCUUGAUUCUCAUCAUAGUCCUGUCGGUUUGUGGUGGCUUCAAAUGUCAUUAGUGCAUGGGUCCUGUAUUGAUCUGGUCAGGUUGGGUAUUCGCAAGAACCUGUGCUGCUUUAUUCUUUACAAUUAAUUGUGUGGUUUGCUAAAAAAAAUUUCGUGACUCUUCUCCCUUCUGCCAUAGUCCUUUAUUGUGAGACAUUGCUUGUAUAGUUUGUAUUCUUGAAUUCUUUUGAUAUACUACUAGAAUAUCCAGACACUGACGAAAGUUUGUUUUGCCAUUUUUAUUUCCUCUCUUUUUAGCUAGAAGUUGUCUUUUCCUUUUAUACAACCUAAAUUGUGAAAAAACUGUCUAAUGGCAUUGCAAAAAAUAUUGGCUGAGC